AUGACGUCUGGGUUCCCUAAGUGUGCCUUGGCAUCCUUCCUACCCGAUCAUCACCACUGCCCAGACCGUCUGCUAUGUGUUGCAACGCAUUUUACUGGCAUAGUCAAAUCACUUGAAUCGACGUGUGGUGGCAGGGAAAACAAUAACCAUGGCAUUAUUUACUACAAUCUUUUGCGGUGGCCAGCCAAGGCGAUUAUCAUAAACUCAUUUAUUACCAGUGAUGAUACUGGUAUGUACGAGAUGAUAAUCGAGGGAGAGGAACAGGAAAAAAUGCUGGAGAAGCGGUUAAUGUCUUGGCAUGUCGGUGCUGGUGGUAGCCUUUUGACACAGACUGCAAGCUCCUCGUCGACGCCAACAACCCAACAGAAUUGUUCACAGUCCAAUCACGAGAGCCACGGUCUUCUAGAUUUGGAUGGCGGAGACCUAUCUCGCUCUUUUGACAUCAUGCCUGACAUGGACUACGGUGCUCAUCGGCGUCGUUCUAACACUGCCCAGCGUUUGGAGCGGAUGAAGAAAGAGAAGCGCAACCAGGUGAAAGUGAAGCACAUUGCUUGGAAGACAGUCCCUGCCGAAUAUAACCCUGAUGAGGAUGGGCAUCUGUUUGAAAAGAAACAGAUCCUGACGCCUACAAGGACAGUGGAUGGUGGACCUCCUUCAUCUAUGCUGUCCCAGCAGUUGCAGACUUCAUCAGGAAUUAUGUCGAAUCCAUUUCUUGAAUACGCAAAAUAUGAUGGCAAAGCUCAGAUCGGAGUGCCUACCAAAAAAAUUGAUAUCUUUCUUACUAUGGCACCUCCAAGCGAGCGGGCAUUUCCAUUGCAUGUGGUCGUCGUUGUCAAUGCCAAAGUACAUGAACUGAUAGGCUUGAUAUGCUGGCAGUAUACGAACGAGAGUCGUGAACCACCCCUCAAAGACAAUGUUUCUAUGUACAGCCUGCAUAUUGCAGAAGAUGAUGGGGAAGUGGACAUGGACUUUCCGUGUUUGGACAAUCGAGAACCAGUGUCAAAGUUUGGAUUCGGUAAACUUGCUCUUGUUGAAUUAGAAGAGCCCUCGCCCCCAAUGAAGAACUCUGUGAUUAUAACAGUUAAUGUGCCGAACAGAGGUUUCCAUAAAUUCCAAGAGGAGGACCUCACCAGGCCUCUGCGUGACAUUCUGUGGAAAGUCCUAAAGAAGCGGAAAAUCCGACUUCUACCCGGCAUGAAUUACAUUCUUGAAAAGCAGAAGGAACCUGGAAAUGCGGUCGACCUUGACACGCUCCUGUCGAAUUUGGACAAUUAUGACUUCUGCCUGGUGCGUGAGCACAGCACCCGAGGUGAGAAUGAGGAUGAACAUCCCCCUGAUUCCAAUGAAGUGGCUACAGUCUUCAUGAGCCACCAGUACAAGUGCUAUAUUGUGAACCUGGUGCAACGACUUCGGAUCAACACGGAAGUGCACCUGGGUGUCAGCGGUGAGAAGGUCGAGAUCGACCCCGUCGCGAGCAAAGGGACAACGUUAUUUUUUCGUCAGAAGGCUGUGACUUACGAGGCAGACAUGAUUGCUGCCUGCGACCUGCAAGAGGAGAAGUCCAACGGCAAGACUGUGUUCCGCUUGAUUUGUUACGCGGGACACGAUUAUCGGAACUAUGACUUUGAAGCCGACCAUGCAGUGGCAAAGGAGAUCAUUCAAAAAAUUAAUAACAUUUUGAAUCUUCUCCUAAAUUUGAAUCCAGAGUUACUUAAUUGUUUGUUUUCACUCUCUCUUUUUUUUUUCUCCUUUUCUUUUUUUUUUUCCUUUUCUUUUUUUCUUUCUCCUUUUCUUUUUUUCUUUCUCCUUUUCUUUUUUUCUUUCUCCUUUUCUUUUUUUCUUUCUCCUUUUCUUUUUUUCUUUCUCCUUUUUUUUUUUUUCUCCUUUUCUUUUUUUCUUUCUCCUUUUCUUUUUUUUUUUCUUUUUCUUUUUUUUUCUUUCUCCUUUUUUUUUCUUUCUCCUUUUUUUUUCUUUCUCCUUUUUUUUUCUUUCUCCUUUUUUUUUCUUUCUCCUUUUUUUUUCUUUCUCCUUUUUUUUUCUUUCUCCUUUUUUUUUCUUUCUCCUUUUUUUUUCUUUCUCCUUUUCUUUUUUUCUUUCUCCUUUUCUUUUUUUUUUCUCCUUUUCUUUUUUUCUUUCUCCUUUUCUUUUUUCUUUCUCCUUUUCUUUUUUUUUUUUCUCCUUUUCUUUUUUUUUUCUCCUUUUCUUUUUUUUCUUUCUCCUUUUCUUUUUUUCUUUUCCUUUUUUUUUUUCUUUCUCCUUUUCUUUUUUCUUUCUCUUUUCUUUUUUUUCUUUCUCCUUUUCUUUUUUUUCUUUCUCCUUUUCUUUUUUUUCUUUCUCCUUUUCUUUUUUUUCUUUCUCCUUUUCUUUUUUUUCUUUCUCCUUUUCUUUUUUUUCUUUCUCCUUUUCUUUUUUUUCUUUCUCCUUUUCUUUUUUUUCUUUCUCCUUUUCUUUUUUUUCUUUCUCCUUUUCUUUUUUUUCUUUCUCCUUUUCUUUUUUUUCUUUCUCCUUUUCUUUUUUUUCUUUCUCCUUUUCUUUUUUUUCUUUCUCCUUUUCUUUUUAGGAGGCUUUUAUUUAUUUAUUCCCAGUUUGGUAAUGCUCAAAUAUUGA